AUGACCAUCGGAUGGCAAGUCAAGCAACAGUCCUCAGUCGCGCUAUCAACUGCGGAAGCCGAGUUCGUGGCAGCAGCUGUUGGUGCGAAGGAGCUCCUUGGCGUAAAAAAAUUACUGCGUCAGAUGAACGUGAGUGUGAAGUUGACGAUGCAGAUGAUGGUGGACAACCAAGCUGCUAUCAAGCAGAUCGAUAACGAUGCCACGUCGAGCGCACAGAAGCACGUCGACGUGAAACUGAAGUUUGUGCGCGACGAGAGCUUUAAGGUCAUCGUGAAGCCCGAGUACAUUGCGACCAACGAGAUGAUCGCGGAUCGAUUGACGAAAAGUGUCCCGGCGCCAAGAGUCGGACCUACGUGA